UUUCGCGUCUCUCCUGAACAGAACAGGAAAUUUUAUCGGCAGCAAAAUAAAAGAGAGGACGGACUGUCACAGAGUCCCUCUCUCUCGUUUUUUCAUCACAACGAUCUCUCUCUCUCUCUAUCUAGGUUUUCCAAUUCUUCCUUUCAAUUCGAUUUAAUUGCUGUUGGGUUUUUGUUUUUGGUUGAAUAAGUGAUCAAAGUAUUGAUCUUUGAGCUCAAUUUUUACGGGAUUGAAGAGAGAAAAAAAUAAGGGGGAAUUGGGGAAGAUGGAGAAGGAGCUGUUGGAGUUGUUCGAAGCGGUGAAGAAAUCGGCGGACGCCGCCACGUCUUGUGACGGAGGAGCCGAGGAAAGCCAAUGCCUUGAUGCCUUGGAGCAGCUCAAGAAUUUUCCCGUCACUUAUCAACUCCUCAUCUCAACCCAAGUUGGAAAGCGUCUUCGACAUCUCACAAAACAUCCCAGAAAGAAAAUCCAGACAUUUUCUUCUGCCCUGAUUGAUACAUGGAAAGGGAUUGUUAUCAAGGAAGCAAACAAAGAUGCGAAAAACGGCAACUUGGAAAGAAUAGACUCUCUAAAACGUGCGUCUCCAAGUGCGGAGAGUCCCAGGGCUGAGAAGGUUCAGAAGACAUCUGCUGUGAAGGUAGAGAAGGUUUCAAAGGCGGAACCUGUUGAGAUUAAGAAGGUUGAUCGAGGUGUUAAACCAAGCUCUGACAAAGCUUAUAGUUCUGAAACUGUCAAGACAGAGAGAAAGGUUCAAAAUGCUAAUGCUGUGAAGACAGAGAAAGCCGCUUCAGCAGAGAGUGUUAAGGUUGAAAAGAUAGCCAAAGAAGUGAAGAAACCGGCACUGAACUCCUGUGCUCCCCCAAAGUUAACAUCUAUGAUCAAGUCUAAUGAUACAGCACGGGACAGAGUAAGGGGAAUGCUGCACGAGGCUUUGUCCAAGGUUUCUCAGGAGGCUGACGAAAGAUUUGCAGAUUAUGUGAAUGCAUCUGAUCCUAUUAGAGUUGCUGUGACUCUGGAAUCUGUGCUCUUUGAGCACUGGGGUGGUUCCACCGGUGCCCAGAAGGCAAAGUAUCGAUCUUUAAUCUUCAACCUCAAGGAUCAAAAGAACCCAGAUUUCCGCAGAAAGGUUCUGCUCGGAGACAUCGAGGCAGAGAGGCUGGUAGACAUGUCAACGGCCGAAAUGGCAAGCGAUCAGAGGCAGGAGGAGAACAAAAAGCUUGAACAAAAAGCCUUGUUUGAGUGUGAGCGUGGAGGAGCGCCAAAAGCUACAACCGAUCAAUUCAAAUGCGGUCGAUGCGGGCACAGGAAGACCACCUAUUACCAAAUGCAGACCAGGAGUGCCGAUGAACCUAUGACAACAUAUGUAACAUGUGUAAACUGCAACAACCGUUGGAAGUUCUGUUAGUGAGUCUUGUAGGAAUUGUGGCCACAUUUUAGUCAAGCAGUUUUACAGUGGUUGUGCUCGCUCUAGGCCAGUCAGACCAUAUGGGAUCAUUCCCAUUUGAGUAUUGUAGUACGUAGAAUUUUUUUAAUAAUGUCUUCUUCUUUUAGAGUUGUUAGGCCUAAUUUGUUUGGAGCACUGCUUUUUAUUAAUUGAAUUGACGCGUUUAUUUCAGUCCA